AACUGCUGUAACAAUAAUGGCUUUUGGGUCCCGAAACGGGUGAAGGCAACUUCUUCUUCCUCGGUUGCGGUUCCCAAAUAUUCAUAUUUUUGUUUCUCUUUCUCUCUUCUCUUCACUACUCACUUCUCUCCCUCAAUCCCAAUUUCCACUUUUCAUCACUAACCCUUCACUUAUUUUCCCCAUUCUCUUCCAUCUAGGGUUUCUCGAUUAGGAUCCUCAAUUGCAAUUCCUUUCUCAUUUUUGUUUCCGGCGAUUGAAUUUGCGAAUCAGGGUUUCUGGGUCUCCGAAAGACCCUCAAUUCGUGCUGGAAAUCUGGGUAUUUUGGAGCUGGGGUGAGAGGGCUAUCCCAGUUUGUCAUUCUCGCCCGCAAAAGGAGGUCAACGAAACCUGCUACGAUUGUUAUAAACUGGAGUUAUCAUCACAAUGUUGUGUGUGAAUCGUAGUAGUGGUUUUUAUAUCUCUAGCCGUGUUCUCCACCUAGCUGAAUGGCACCCGUUAGAAUAGCAACGUUGAGUAGGGCUUGAAGCCCUCUUCUGUCCUCUGAAAUCAGUUUUUCAAGUUUUUAGGCUGAGAGAUACAUCAAUCACCUUUAAGGUCAAAGCUUCAGAUGUUCAAUAAGGCUCUUUCUUUUGCCAAAGCAAUGGAGUGCUGUAAUUGCUUUGGGUUCAUUAGGAGACUGAGCCGUCAAAGUCAAAGGUCUAAGCCUGCUAUCAACAAUAAUCUCUCCCAGGAGCUGUUGUUGGAUGACGACAUUGAAGAUGAAGAGCACUUGUAUAAUAAUGACGACGCCAAUACCACUAGCGGAGAUGACAGUGAGGAAAAAACCCGUCCCAAGAAAUCGGAAGAAAUUUUGAACAUGAGAGUAGAGAAUGGCAUGAUUUGUAGGCAGUUUCCCGUUAAGGAGACUCACAAAGUUGUUCGCAGAGAGGAUGAAAAUGGAAACAAGAUGAUAAAUGAGUAUAUUCGUGAAUAUAAGAUUGGUUCUGGUAGCUACGGGAAAGUGGCUCUUUAUCGAAGCUCUGUUGAUGGAAAGCAUUAUGCAAUUAAGGCCUUUCAUAAGUCUCAUUUACUGAAGCUUCGAGUUGCACCCUCAGAAACUGCCAUGACUGAUGUACUACGUGAGGUUCUCAUUAUGAAAAUGCUGGAACAUCCGAAUAUAGUGAAUCUCAUUGAGGUGAUUGAUGACCCGGAGUCAGAUCGCUUCUACAUGGUACUUGAAUAUGUGGAAGGCAAGUGGGUUUGUGAGGGUUCGGGUCCCACUUGUGGCUUAGGUGAAGAGACUGCUAGGAGAUACUUGCGUGAUAUAGUUUCUGGAUUAAGAUAUCUCCAUGCUCAUAAUAUAGUACAUGGGGAUAUUAAACCAGAUAAUCUGUUGAUUACUCGUCAUGGUACAGUGAAGAUAGGAGAUUUCAGUGUCAGCCAAGCUUUUGAGGAUGAUAAUGAUGAGCUUCGGCGAUCACCUGGAACUCCGGUUUUCACAGCACCAGAAUGUAUUUUAGGUCUUACCUAUCAUGGUAAAGCUGCAGACACAUGGGCAGUAGGGGUUACUUUAUACUGUAUGAUAUUGGGUGAAUAUCCUUUUCUUGGAGACACACUUCAAGAUACCUAUGACAAAAUAGUCAAUAAUCCUUUAGUACUCCCAAAUGAUAUGAAUCCGCGACUGAAGAACUUAAUAGAAGGAUUACUUUUCAAAGAUCCAAGAGUAAGGUUGACUUUGGGUGAUGUUGCGGAAGAUAGCUGGGUUAUUGGAGAUGAUGGGCCAAUUCCUGAGUACCUUUGUUGGUGCAAAAGGAAGAGCUUGGGGAUUGAAGACAAUGAUGAGAGCAAUGUGCUUGCUUGACCUAUACUGAACUAAAUUAUUUAGCAAAUUUGUUUGUGUACAGUGGAAAAGUUCAGAUAUUAUUUUUCCCCGUUAGACUCUCUGCUGGUACGGUAUGAUCGUAGAAGCAGGUCUUGAAGUAAUCUUAAAAUUUAAGAAAUUAUGGCUCAUAGGCAUGAUAUGUAUCAAAGUUAGAAAAUAGUUUAUUUUUAUGUGGAACAAUUUGGUGUCUAGUAGAGGUCUAGUAUCUUUCUAUUUGGAUUUUCUUUGCAUCUAGUUUUUCCUUCUUUGCAUGUACCUCACCUUUCUGUUUAAUCCACAGAAACAGACAAAUGAGGGAUAUAUUUUGUUUGGGAUCAUCAUGAGCUGGCAGAAGCAUGUUUUUAUAUUUGUACUUUGAAUUGCAAUUUUAAGCCAUUUGAUUAGAGAAAUUUUAGU